UUCUUCAGUCUCAUUCGCCGACUCCCAAACCCUAAACCCCCCACAGGAAGCCGAGAAGAAGAAGAAGACUUCAAAUGGCGAGAAUCAAGGUGCACGAGCUGAGGCAGAAGAGCAAGGCGGAGCUGCUAGCGCAGCUGAAGGAGCUGAAGGCGGAGCUGUCUCUGCUGCGCGUGGCGAAGGUCACCGGCGGCGCCCCAAACAAGCUGUCGAAGAUUAAGGUUGUCAGGCUCUCGAUCGCCCAGGUCCUCACCGUGAUUUCCCAGAAGCAGAAGGCCGCUCUCAGGGAGGUUUACAAGAACAAGAAGUACUUGCCGCUCGAUCUCCGCCCCAAGAAGACCCGCGCCAUCCGCCGCCGCCUCACCAAGCACCAGGCAUCUUUGAAGACAGAGAAGCAGAAAAAGAAGGAAAUGUAUUUCCCUCUGAGAAAGUAUGCCAUUAAGGUUUAAAUUAUAGCUUUUGAUGGAAGCAUUUGUCAAACUUCUACUUUCAAAUUUUGAAAGAUAUUAAUUGUCUUGUUUAUUGGUUUUUUGAAUCUUCCGGUUGGUUAAAUUGCUGUGUAGACUUGUCGUUUGGGUACUUCUAUACAUUGUUGCUCUAUGAUGUGCACUUUGCUGAAGCUCAUGCAAUUAAAAGCCCAUUGUUGUGCUUUUCAUUAUUUUUCUGCACUUUUUGUGUUCAGUUUGGAGCUUCUUUACUGUUUUAAUCCUUCAUGUGCCUUCGACUGCCAUUUCUGAUAGAACUUGAGAUACCUCAUUAUUCACACCUUGUGAUAUGACCUUAAUCAAUGCAAGAAGUGAAUUAUGUCCUGAA